CAUGGAGGUACAGGUCGUACAGUAGAACACAAGUGCGAAGGUCAUGAAGCCACGCUAGUAAAAAACCUCUGCACAGGAGGCUAUAAAGCAGCAGGGCAUGCAGCCGUGAAAUUAGAUUAUCUUCGAUCCCACAUGGCAGAGGGACUUACGCAAGAAACUAAAAAGGGAGAUGAAAACAUACAAAAAAGGCGAAAAUCUCUUCUAUGAUGGAAAAUUGCCAGAGUUUUCAACAUCUGCCCUCUUGGAAGAAGCAAAUGAGAAAAUGCCCCUCCUCUACACCGUGAUAACAGGAUCUUCAUGGAAAAACAAAGCAAAGCACUUAAAAGUAAAGGAAGCACUUCUGUUUUCUGCGUUCUUAAGUAUUUCAAUCCCGCAAUCCAAUUUUGCCUACUGUAACAAUGUCCUACUACGUGUUGGUGGUUGCAAGGGAGAAAUAAUCAAGAUGUUUCAACAGCAGGGCUUGUGUAGUCACAAGAACACUGUAACGAACAUGAUGGAAAAAGUUGUAAAAUCUUUUGACAAGGAACUGCGUUGCUGGAAAGAAGAAAUUUCGACAUCCAAAAAGCAGGUGCUUCUACUAAAGGAGUUUAUGGAUAGCUUACCAGCACCGGAGUAUGAGGGAAUGGAGGUUUCAACCAUCGUCUUUUGAAAAGACACCUUAAAAAACUACAUUUUUAGAGGAAGAAACCUUCAACUAAUGCCAGAAUAUGAUUCCUUUGGAUGGAAAUGGAAUGUGCAAUAUUGAUGAUGUUAGAGCAAUUAAACAUCUCGAGGAAAAUGGCCCAUCUCGAUAUAGGUAG